AUGUCGGAUUCGGUGAAGGCCGCCGUUCGCAUACGGCCGCUGAAUAAUCGUGAGAAAGACCGUGGCUGUGGGAUAGUCGUUGAACAGCCAAACCCAAGCGAACCACAGGUAGUGAUCGGUAACGGGAUCAGCGGUAAGCCGGAGGCGUUUACGUUCAAUUAUGUUUUUUCUCCAAACGAUGGCCAAGAAUUGCUCUAUGAGAGGUCCGUGCGUCCGUUGCUGGAAAAACUAUUUGUAGGUUAUAAUGUGACUAUUCUGGCUUACGGGCAAACGGGUUCGGGAAAGACCUUCACUAUGGGCACGAACUACGAUGGCCAGGAAGAUCCUGCUCUGGUAGGUGUGAUUCCUAGGGCCAUUAAUGAUAUCUUCGACCGGAUCGGAGAGUCAAAUGAUGCCGAGGCUAGCGUCAGCUGUUCGUUUAUGGAGCUCUACCAAGAGAACCUGUACGAUUUGCUUUCGGCAAAAGUAGGCCGCGAGGAGCGUGUAGUGGACAUCCGGGAGGCUAACAAUCAGAUUGUGAUCCCAGGACUGACGGAGGUGGCGGUCGAUUCGGCCGAUGAAACAUUCGAAGCUCUGAUGCGUGGCUCGCAGGAACGAGCUGUCGCUUCGACGGCGAUGAACGCCGUGUCCAGCCGGAGUCAUGCGAUUUUUACCGUCAACAUAACGAAUAGAUCCAAGGGGGAGAAACCGACGGUGACGAAUAGUAAAUUUCAUCUGGUCGAUUUGGCCGGCUCGGAGCGACCGAAGAAGACGCAAGCCACCGGUGAGCGGUUUAAGGAAGGGGUGAAAAUUAACCAGGGUCUGCUGGUGCUAGGUAAUGUUAUUUCGGCGUUAGGAGGCUCAGGAGGACCGGCAGGACAUGUUCCUUACAGAGAAUCGAAACUCACUCGGCUGUUGCAAGAUUCCCUGGGUGGAAACUCGCUUACGCUUAUGAUCGCCUGCGUGUCGCCCGCCGAUUACAACUGUGAGGAGACCAUUAAUACGCUGCGUUAUGCAAACCGAGCGAAAAAUAUCAAAAAUAAAGCUGUCAUCAAUCAGGAUCCGAAUCAAGCUGAGAUCCGAAGGUUGAAUGCGAUUAUUCAAGAGUUGAGACUGGAACUUUUGUCCGCUACGGCUGGGAAGGAAAAUAUUCCUGGAAUUGCUAAUCGGCCUUCCUCAGUCCCAGGGAAGUCCGCCCUAAUUCGCACUAGCAGUGAGCAGCUUACGAAUGGCGAGGUUGGAAACUCAAUAGAAAUUGCACGCCGCGAGAGGGAAAUGUUGGAGAAAAUUCGUACGCUUCAACAGCAACUCCAAUCGGCUUUACAAGAUCUGGCAACGGAUCAGUUGCGCAAUCUCUCAGUUGAAAAGAUUAUUGAAGAGUUGGAAGCUCUGCUGGCGGAAAGCCCAGAUUGUGAACUGAAGCGAGGUAUCCAGCAGAUUCUUGCUGGCUACAAAGAAGAAACGGCUUCGAUUCGGAUCGAAUCGCAAACCUCGGAUUCUUUGCUUCACUCAGUUGCCGAAGAAUUCCAAAGUCGUUCAGAUACGCACACACAGAAGCAGUUGAAGAUACGUGAGGAAUUGAGGCAACUCACAAAGGAGCUUGAGUUGAAGGAGGAAUUGCACCGCAAAUGUUUAGGAAACAUUUCCAAUCUUACCUUUACGGUUAAUUCGAGCUGUUGCAGUGGUGAUGAAAGGGUUGAAGAGUACGAGUCCAAAAUUAAGGAACUUGAGAGCCAGAUUGAAGAGUUAAACAACCAACUUAACACAACGAAAAUCGUCGACAAAAAGUCCAAACUGGCGGAGGAGCGCAGAAAGAAGGUCCAACAGUUGGAAGCUGAAUUAACGGAGCUACGCAAGAAGAGUGUUCAACAGGCAAAGAUGUUGCAGCUGAAGGAAAAGGAUACCCAGCGAAUUCAAAACCUGAGCCGAGAGAUUCAAGCAAUGAAGGCAACUCGCGUUAAACUGGUGAAAUCAAUGCGAGCCGAAAGCGAAAACUUCCGUCAGUGGAAAAUUACCCGAGAGAAAGAAAUCUGCCAGCUUCGCGAGAAGGAUCGUAAACUCAAAAACGAAAUGGUUCGCUUGCAGACCGUUCACGACAAGCAACAAAAUGUACUGAAGCGAAAGGUUGAGGAGGCGGUUGCCGUUAAUAAGCGCCUCAAGGAUGCUUUGGAACGCCAAAAGCAUGUUCAGGCGCAACGAGCCGCUAAAGCAAUCGGUAAACCGGUCCGUGGUGCUGAUCCUUCCGCCUGGUUGGAGCACGAACUCGAACUGAUUCGAUCCGUCAAGGAAGCGUCCGUAACGUUAAAGCAUCUCAUGGAUGAUCGUGCCUUGCUUAAUGCAAAAUUACGCGAAAUGAAGGCUAACCCAGAGGAAGCGGGCACUGAUCAAAUCAAGCAGCAGGAACUUGAUCUGGAGCUACGGAAUGCGCAAAUUACGGAUCUACAGCAGAAGAUCCUCUCCACAGAUGUUGAUUCCAAGCAAAAGGCUAUUCUCGAAGGAAUUCCAACGUUCCCGGAGGCCAAACAGACCAUCAAAAAAUUGCUUACAGUAUUCGCGGAAAGCCAGGAGGAGGCGGCUAAAGUGCGCCUUCAGUUGGUGGAUAAUCGCCUGACCAUCGAGUGUUUGGAGGAAACAAAUCGUGGUUUAAUGACGGAGCUAAGUGACACCAAGCAGCGCUGCACCGACGAAACGAACGAGAUUGCCAAGAUGUAUGAAGAAAAACUGUCCAUGUUGCUGAUGUCUAAGCAGAAAUAUGUGCGCCAAUCGCAGGAAACGGCCGUUACUUGCGACAUAGUCUUGCAGGAAGCCAGCGAACAGAUGGAAAAGCUUCGCGAAGAGUUGGAAUCUUUGAAGAAAACCAACCAAAUGUUGAACAAGCAACUGGCCGAGAAAAACACAGCCGCCUUACGUCGGACGCGGAACAGUGCUAAGUCCACGACGAUUGACAUUGAGUAUGAAACCGACGACGAAGAGGAAGACGAGGAAGACCGUGUUCGUGAUUCAGAUCUGAGGCGCGAUCCAGAUUUCCGAAUGACUCCACUUCACAAGCGGAAGAAGGCCGGCGGCGUUCGGGAAACGCUGAUGAAGAAAUCCGUCUCAGGUGGAGCAGGCGGCAAGAAGCGUUCGUCGGCCAAAGACGAUACCAUCGCUGCCGAAAACGGCAGCCACAACAAUCAGCAGCAGCCGCACUGCUCGUGCACGUCGACCUGUUCGACCAAGCGGUGCGGCUGCAAGAAGCUGGGCGAAUUCUGUGGGUCCAAUUGCCGCUGUCCGCCCAGCUGUGUCAAUAAGCAGAUCGAUCUGCAUGAGGACGAGGACGUUCGAAUGGCAGGCGAUUCUGAUGAGAAGGAAAACGUUUCGCAGAAUAACGUGGUGAAGCUGGAAAAGCGCCAAUCGCAGGACGACAGCGACGAAAGCCCGAGCGAUCAGUCCCCGAAGAGACCGAAGCAUGAUAUUCUGACGCCCACCUACGUUUAUUCGGUUAAGAAGCGAAAGCCGCUGCUAGACGACAUGUGA